UGUGGCUGGCUCCAAGCGCAGUCUGCUGGAUACCAGAGGGUGAGGGAGAGUGAGAGAGGAGCGAGCCUUUAAAUCUCUGCGGUGCAGAGCUGGAAAAGCUGCUUCUCAGCGAAAACCAGACGCCCUAUUUACUCCGCUUAUUCGCUCCUUUGAUUUUUCCUGGAGAAAAACGGGACUUACAACCAAGAACUUGCAACGAGGACCGGUGCCCGUCUCCGCGAGCAAACGUGGUAUUUCUUUCAUCACUAUUAUUUAUGCUUGCUUUUUGUUUUUGUGACACUUGUGUUGAAGCGACUGAGCUUUUACUUUUGCACUGAGACGCAUCGCCUCCUACCUCCUGCCUGGUCGCCCUGCCAGAUCAUUCCCGCAGAAGUAGGCUACAUGACGCAAACCGCGAGCACAGCGUUAGUCUGAAAGUUUUCCUCCACUACUUUUUUUUUUUUCGUUUUCCUUUUAUCCACCAAUCACGCGGCGUUUCAUGCUACAGCAAGUCAGUGCGCAGCGGUGGAGGAGCCAAAAGAACUAUUGCAUGAAACAAGAACGGAGGGAAGAGACGCUGAUUAAUAAGUCGGUUUUUGCAACGCUCGCAAGUACGUUUGCGCAUCUGCAAAAGAGUCGCGACGGGAACAUGAGCGCAGAGCUGAGCAUGGGCCCGGAGCUCCCCAGUAGCCCUCUGGCUCUGGAAUAUGUUAACGAUUUCGACCUGAUGAAGUUUGACGUGAAGAAGGAAGGCCUGGCCGGGCUGGAGCGCAACGCUGUGCGCCAGUGCAACCGUCUGCAGCCGCAGGGCUCCGUGUCCUCCACCCCCAUCAGCACGCCCUGCAGCUCGGUGCCCUCCUCGCCCAGCUUCAGUCCCACGGAGCAGAAAAACCACCUGGAGGAGCUCUACUGGAUGCCGAACAGCGGCUACCCUCCGCAGAUAGACCCGCAGACGCUCAGCCUGACCCCGGAGGACGCGGUGGAGGCCCUGAUCGGAGCCACGGCUCACGGGCACCCCCCGCCCCCGCACGUCCAGCAGCAGCUGCAGCAGCAAGGCGCCUUCGAGGGCUACAGGGGCCCGCACCACCACCACAGCCACCACGGCCACAGCCAGCAGCACCACCACCCGUACGCCGGGGGCAUCCCGCACCACGCCGAGGAGCUGUCCGGGCACCCGGGCGGCCACAGCCACCCCCACAGCCAGCACCACCACCACCACAGCCAGGACCCAGACAGCCCGUCCCCGGUGUCCCCAGACUCCCACCAGCCGCUCCAUCACCACCGCCACCACCACCACCACCAUCCGCACGGCCACCUGAGCCAGUCGGCGGCGCACCACGGCACCGGGGGCGGACUCAACGUGGAGGACCGCUUCUCCGACGAGCAGCUGGUGUCCAUGUCGGUGCGGGAGCUCAACAGACACCUACGGGGCUUCACCAAGGACGAGGUCAUCCGCCUCAAGCAGAAGCGGCGGACCCUGAAGAACCGGGGCUACGCGCAGUCCUGCCGGUUCAAGCGGGUGCAGCAGAAGCACGUGCUGGAGAACGAGAAGACGCAGCUGAUGAACCAGGUGGAGCAGCUGAAGGCGGAAAUCAGCCGGCUGGCGCGAGAGCGGGACGCCUACAAACUCAAGUGUGAGAAACUGACGGGGUCGGGGGCCAGCGGCGGCUUCCGCGAGGCCGGCUCGACCAGCGACAACCCGUCAUCGCCGGAGUUCUUCAUGUGAGUUGCCACAGCGAACUUUCCCCUUUGACCCCUACGUUUCCUUUGGCCACGAAAGACUGGGUGGCUGCGAGCAGAUAAUAACCCACACGUCCCAUACUGUUUAUGAUUAUACUAAUAACGGUAACAAUUAUAUUCAUAUUAGAAGAAUAAUCCAUCGAAUAGUAUCCUCAUAUAUAUUCAUCUCUCAUCCAUCCUCCAUCCACGUGUCAACUGAGAUACAAAGAGCAACGUAGUGUCUGAUCAGUCGCAGCAUCUUUGUAGAUUAGUUGCUUGUAGUGAAGAGACGUUUUUUUUUAUUCUUCAAAGAAGAGGAUGAACCGAUGAACUUUUUUCUCCCUUGAGGCCACAGCUUUUUAAGAAUCUGUACGUGGCGCGGAGGGCGUCGAGGCGCUUGUCUCGUAACCUCGCUCUGCGCCACCGCGACGUUGUUGCGCGACAACAAGUAGCGCCGGCCUCGCAGCCUGCACCUCACGAUUGUGUUACUUUGGACGAGUGGGCUCGUGAUGUGGGAGCCGUCUCCAAACGCAAGACUCCACUUUAUGCAAACUUCUGUCUACUAACCCGUCACGGGGAGGGGAGGGGGCAUUUUAUGCAACAUCUCAUUGAUUUAUUGCCUGCUUGGUUAUAUUCGAAUAUAUAUUGAAACAAAAGAUCUGCAUUAAAUAUUAAUCCUGCAUGCUGGACAUGUACGGUAAUAAUUUCUAUUUUGUACUUUCAUCUUCUCGUGUAUAUUAAGAGCAUGUCGUUGAUCUGCGCUUCUCCAUAGUUUUUGGGGGGUUCGAGUAAUGCAGCGGGGACGGAACAGCAGGACUGCCGGUGCAGUGUCACAUUGUGUGGGUUUCUUUGGGCUUGUAAAUAUUAUGCAACCGCAAAACUGCACAACAAGAUUGAGGAGGCUGGUUUGAACUUCUGUCUUUGCGUUGUGUUUUUAUCACAUUUAUUUUUUAUGUUUUAUUUGGUAUCAUUUGGGGAAUUGAUUCAGAGACGAGUGCAUUUUUUCCAGUUUAAAUACAAAAAAGCUUUUGUGUGUCAAGUGCACUUUUGGAUGUUUAUUUCGCAGGUUUUCAUUUUGACUUUUGCGCAGACCUCCCUCCAGGAAGACUAUCGUUGUAGAGAUAAGUGAGCAAACGCAAAGUUGAGUCAGGCUGAGGAGACAAACACGACAUGGCCACGACAUCACUGGACCCAGACACACUAUUACGCACGGAGGCGAGCGCGUAGCUUUUGCCCCACACUGUUUAACACGCACCGUGUGGGUUGGUGCUGUCUCUCAUUUUAAAUCAACGUGGCUUUUUGUGCAGUUCAGAAGCAAAGGGAUGUUUGUUAACCCUUCACCGACCGCAUCAAAGCCAAACUAAAUCCUUGUCAUUUGGCAGAAUAUUAGUGAGUUAUAUUUUUAAACAAAAAUUGAAAAGUGCACAAAAGUAAUAGCGGAGUUGAAAUCUAAAACUUGUUUUCCUGAUUUUUUUUCCUGCCGGUCAGUAAAAAAGGGGAAUCCGGUUGUGCAAAUUCUCAAAAUGAAAACUGUGUCUGUGUUAUGUAAUGUUGUUUUGUCUGUUUUAUUAUUAUUUGAUGAUUCUGGUUCUGCUGGCCAGAUGCAUAGUUAAAGUUUUUAUUUUAAUGAUUUAAAUUAACAGACUGUCAGAUCAUAUCGAAUAAGCAUGGUGCUUGCAUUUGAAACUAUUAUUGAGAAGUCACGCAUUUAACAAUCUUUGGUUUGUUAUUGAUUCAACUGUGUUGAAAUCGAACUGAAACUGCAGCAGCGGGUUGUUGUUAAGUUUUCACCAAUUUCAUGUACUUUGCGAUGAUGGGGAUCAAUUUUCAAUCCUGUUUAUAUAAAUAAUGGUUAACACUUAAAUUUGAACUGUUCCAUUCAGGCUGGUUUCUGUUUUGUCUUAUUUUUUGUUGUUUUUUGGAAGAAAUGGUUUCCUAUUUUGCUUAUUAAAGUCAUUUAAAUGGCAA